CAGCUCAACCUUCAUACAGACCGCUCUGCUAGGAAGUGGAAACCAGAGCACUGAGUUGCUGGUUUGUCGUGGGUUCUGUCUCUUUUCAGUUCACACACACAGACACGCACAGCUGUGUCUGUCUUAAAGGAGCAGAGAUACAGUACAGCACCAUGAACAACACCAACGAUACCUUAGAGGACAGCGCUCCGGAGCUGAGUUGUGUGAAUGCAGUGUAUACAGUCUCUGCCACGGUGUACGGCUGUGUGAUGGUGCUGGGCCUGCCGCUCAACGCCGUGUCACUCUGGGUUCUGCUCCGCCGUCACGGCCUCAAAUCCUCCAGCGCUGUCUUCAUGAGCCACCUGGCUCUGUCCGACCUGCUGCUGGUGCUCUCCCUGCCCACCCGGGUCUACUUCUACACCACAGGCACCUGGCCCCUGGGCAUCCAGGCCUGCACGGCCACCACCAUGCUGUUCCGCAACAACAUCCGCUCCAGCGCUGUCUUCAUCACCUUCAUUGGCCUGGACAGGCUGCUGGCUGUGGUCUACCCUCUAAGAACCCGCCACAUCCGCACCACCACCAAUGCCUGGAAAGCCUGUGUCUUCAUCUGGAUCCUGAUCGUGGCGGUCAACAUCCCAGAGGCCCUGUACUUCAUCAGUCAGAUGAAGAGCUGUAACGCCACUGACAAAUGCUUUGAGUUUACUCAAGAAUGUGCCUUGAAUGUGCAGAUAGCUGGUUACGUGCAGUUUGGGCUGGUGUUCACCAUGCUGGGGGUCAACGUGGUCUCCACCGCCAUGGUGUCCUGGACUCUACACAGGCACCUCAGCGAUGCUGCCAUGGUCAACAAUAAGAUGAACGUCAUGCUGAUCUUCACCAUCAACCUUCUGAUGUUUAUUGUCUUCUUCCUGCCCUCCUCCAUCGUGCUGAUGCUCGGUAUCAGGCAGGCUAUCAUGCCCAUGUUCUGUCUGACCAGCAUCAACUGUUGUCUAGAUCCACUGUUGUACUUCUUCUCUUUAGAUGCUUUCUGGAAGAAGAGCGUUCUGACGUAGAGGUUUCACUUGCCAGAUCACAUGAAAGUAGAUUAGGGAGGACAGUGAGAAACGACUACCGGUGGAGAUAGUUUGAGGAAACUGCGUCAACAUGUGUUCCUAAAUAUUCCACAAUUUAUAGUUAAAUGUUCAAUUCUAUUUUGCCAAAUGUCACUCAUUUUCUUUUUUUGUAACAGUUCAUCUCUUCUUCUGUAAGUUGAAUUGCACUCAUCUGUACUUUUAAGAUGUGCUCAUAUAAUAGGUUUUAUUUAAUAAACACUUUACAACCGUAUCUUCAUAUGAUUUUGAUCAUUAAUAAGACUGAUGUUAUUGACAUUUACUGAAUGUAGGUUUUGUACAUCGACCACAGUCCCUUUUCCAAAUGUACUGACAAUAACUAAGGCUUUCAAUUCAGCUUUCAUCCACAUGCAGGGCCGGGUGCCCAACACUUCCCACUGUUGAGUGGUUCAAACAUCAGUCAAGUGAAUUUGUUGAUAAUUCAUGAGGAUCCUGGCUGAGGAAACAGACAGGCAGCAGCAACCAUCCAACAGCUCAGAGCCCUGCCACAUGGAGGGGCAUCUGUGUACACACUAUAUGGCAGACAGACUGUAAAGAAGGAGUCACUAUGGAUUUAGUACAGGAAAGCCAGUGUAAAGGUGGCAUGCAAAUAAAUUCCUCCUUUGAGCCAUUGUCUUCCAACAGGUGGGGUCAAUCCUUUGCAGCGCUUAUCCCUCAACCAGCAGAAAAGGGGAAUCAACGCGGUAUCUGCGAAAAGCCGCUAUCUUACAAAAGACAAUGCCUUUGGGCCUAAGAAAACUCUAAUCAAGCAAUGUAUGUUGACUGGAUAUAGGCUAUGUAAAAUAUGUGUAGUCUAAAAGGCUCUACAUCUUGUGCUGCCCUAAGGGGAGAAGAAGUUAGCUGGGACCUACUAAGAUCUCCAUUUUCACGUAUAAAAACUAGGUCAUACAGCUCAAUUAACUGUCUGAAAAUAACUUUUCCACUAUGCCCAAACAGGUCAGUGCAUGAGAUUUGUUUGUACUU